GGCCCUGGGAAGAGGGUUCCAGGAGGGAGCGGGGCGCGGAGCUGGUGCGAAAUGUGUUCUGUCCCCAGAUCUGGGCUUCGCUUUCCAGACGCUUCCCCGCAGGUCGGGGGCUCGUUGUCCAGAGCCCGGCGAGUGAAGAACCCAGAGUGGUGACAGCCCAGCUCUGCGUAGAUGACAAACUUUCUCUCUUCUGGCAGAGGGUGGGACAUUCCGGCUCAUCCAGGCAUCUUUCCUCUGGGCAUUCCUGUGCCCCCUACACGCAUGCAUUCAAGGGCUUCUCCCGCGGAGGUGGGCCAGCGGGGAGGCAGUGGGCCCCGUAAAUUUGAUUUAUGAAUCACCCUCUUUCUGGCCAGUGCAGAGUUCCAAGGGAGAGGGAGCUAGUCAUAUUUCCAAGUUGGCUGUAGAAGAUGUUUCUUGGGGGUGAUACUCUGGUGAAUGAGGCUGCCUGUCAUCUGAUGCCAACAGCCAGAGCUGCCCAGGCAAUGGGCUUUGUGUAGGGUGCCUUGCAGAUUUGCUUAUGUCCAUUCUGGGGUGUGCGUGUGUGUGUGUGUGUGUGUGUGUGUGUGUGUGUGUGUGUGUGUGUGUCUAAAGAGAGAGAGGGAACUAGAGACUAGGGGACCAACUCAGCCAAAUCGCCUUCUUGCAAGCCCUUCCAGCAGCCCCAGGUAUCUUCGAAAGAGCCAACUCACCUCCUUGGCAGAACCACUAGGAAGGGUGGAGGUCACUUCCUAAUUCUUACAGCUUCAAAGGGGCUACUCCUUAGGUGAGCAAAAAAAUAGGGGAAGUUUCCUGGGCUGCUCAAUGAGACCAUUCCUAUUGGAGCCUGGGGAGGUGCAAACUUUUUGCAGAAAAGGGGCUGGAAGGGCCACAUGGAGAGGGGCUCCUGGCAUUCUCAUCCUCACACUCCAGGCCCCUAGAGGCUCUGCUGAGCCCCGCACACAGCUCGUGAGUUUGGUUAGAUGGUUUUUUUCUAUUAGUAAAAAGCAUGCUCCAAGGAGGUCACCUGGUCUCUGAGGAUCAUUUUGGAGCUGCCCCUGUGGUCAUAGCCCCAUAGAUGGCAUGGUGCUACCUACUUGGGCUUGGCAUCUGCCUCUGAGGAGUAGCAUUACUGUGUUUAAAAAAAAAAAAACAGUUCUUGGGGUGUGACGUGGGAUUCUGAUCUCAGGCCAAGUUAGGAGCUGCACCCCUAGGCUGCCAAAACCCAAGAAUUCCUCCAGGGCAUCAGAAUCUGACGUUGAUGUCCUGGAAAAAGCCCUGGGUCUGGGUCAGGAGGUUGAACUUCAAGCUGGCUCUCAUUUGCUGUGUGACUUUGGGCAAAUCACUAGACCUCUCUGGGCUUCAGUUGCGGCUUCUCAAAAAUGAAGAGAUUUCAUGUAUCAUCAGAGGUCCCAGUUCAGUUCAGACACUCUAUGGCCCUGAGUGAUUGUCACUGAUGAGAUUUUCAUAAUCCCAGGAGGGGAUCUUAAUUUAGAAUUUAAGAAACCUAGGUCUCAGAUCAGAUCUGAGUUUGACCAGUCACUUCCCUCUCCACACUUUGGCUCCUCCACUGUAGGAUGGGGAGCUCACAGUUCCUACUUUAGAGAGCUGUUGAGAGGGCUAACUGAGAUGGUGCCUGGAGGGUGCUGAGUGUAGAGUUUAGCAAAGAGUGAAGCUCCACGGUGCCAAGGCUACCUGCUUUCGAGUCUUGUGUGUGGGCAUCUAUCUGGAUGCUGUUUUCCCCAGGGAGGCUGGCCCUGUCCCACCGAACACCAGGUGAUCCUUGACUGCAUGGCAGGGCCCUUGUUCUCUCCAGUCACCUGACACUGCAGUCCCCGCCCUCUCUCUGCUUUCUCAUAAAAUCUCUGCUGGACCAGCCACUCCUAGUGGGGAGCCCACGGUGGUCUGGGAGCUCUGGGUGCAUCCAGCUGCUGCAUCGCCAGGACAUCAGGAGGUGGAGAUGUUCGCUUGUGUGUUCUCCACUGCCCAAAACCAGGUGGUCAUUCUGCAACAGCUAUAACUUGAGGAAGACAUUUUUUUGUGCUUAAAAUGACCAAAACACAACUCAAGUGGACUUUCUAAAAAGAGAAUAAUUUAUUUUGGCUCACAGACAUCAAAAUUCGCAAGGGAUUGCUUCAGGUGGCAUCCCUGAAUCCUGACUGGAUGGAAGCCCACCAGCUUCUGUUCCCAUGAGGUAGAAAGGCCAAGCUUGGUCUUCAGCUGGGGAAGAGGCCAGAAACAAGGCCCCUGGCGAAAUAACCCGGAUCCAUUGGCCUGAGGAGCAGAGAAAGGGUGAGAAGUGAACUGCAGCUGCUGGUAACCCUCAGAAACCUUCUCUGAUUGCUAUUCUCACAGUUCUUUGGGAAGACUCUGAAGUGAAGAACAAUAUGUAGGAAGAUGGGACCAACUCAUGUGUGUUCUGAGCCUCAAAACCCCUUUCUUGGCCCAAAGAAGCUCACCUUGAAUUUGGGAGGGCUGGUAAGCUCCAUCCUUUCUCAUGACCUCAGCCAAGCAUUGAACUUGCCCUCCCCUUCUGGCCUUGGUGAUCACUUUUUCCGGAAAAGUGAGACUGAGGACUCUCAGGUGUUCCAUCCCUAAGAAAAGCUUGGGAAACCAAGCCCCUUCCGUCCCCUCCCAAGCACCCCAGCCAAGCCCCAGAGAGCCAGUCCGGAAUGAUCCCGCUAUGGCCAAGCUCUGGUUCAAAUUCCAGCGGUACUUCCGCCGGAAACCUGUGCGCUUCUUUACCUUCCUGGCACUCUACCUGACUGCCGGGAGCCUUGUCUUCCUUCACUCUGGCUUUGUGGGCCAGCCCGCUGUCUCGGGGAACCAGGCGAACCCCGCGGCCGCAGGAGGCCCGGCUGAGGGUGCUGAGCUGCCCUUCUUAGGCGACAUGCAUCUGGGCAGAGGUUUCCGGGACACCGGUGAAGCCUCGAGCAUCGCUCGCAGGUACGGACCCUGGUUCAAGGGCAAGGAUGGGAAUGAGAGAGCCAAGCUUGGCGACUACGGUGGAGCCUGGAGCCGAGCCCUCAAGGGGAGGGUUGUCCGGGAGAAGGAGGAAGAGCGAGCCAAGUACAUCGGCUGCUACCUGGAUGACACCCAGAGUCGGGCCCUUCGAGGAGUGUCCUUUUUUGACUACAAAAAGAUGACCAUCUUCCGUUGCCAGGACAACUGUGCUGAACGGGGUUACCUGUAUGCCGGGCUGGAGUUCGGCGCCGAGUGCUACUGCGGCCACAAGAUCCAGGCGACGAACGUGAGCGAGGCAGAGUGCGACAUGGAGUGCAAGGGCGAGCGAGGCAGCGUGUGCGGCGGCGCCAACCGCCUCUCUGUCUACCGGCUGCAGCUGGCCCAGGAGUCGGCCCGCAGGUAUGGAAGUGCAGUGUUCCGGGGCUGCUUCCGCAGGCCUGACAACCUUUCCCUGGCCUUACCCGUGACAGCUGCCAUGCUGAACAUGUCCGUGGACAAGUGCGUGGACUUCUGCACUGAGAAGGAGUACCCGCUGGCAGCUCUUGCAGGCACCGCCUGCCACUGUGGAUUUCCCACCACCCGAUUCCCACUCCAUGACAGAGAGGAUGAGCAGCUCUGUGCCCAGAAGUGCAGCGCGGAGGAGUUUGAGAGCUGUGGAACUCCUAGUUACUUCAUUGUGUACCAGACACAAGUCCAAGACAACCGUUGCAUGGACAGAAGGUUCCUGCCAGGCAAGUCCAAGCAACUCAUUGCUUUGGCCAGCUUUCCAGGUGCCGGCAACACAUGGGCUCGCCACCUCAUUGAGCUGGCCACGGGCUUCUACACUGGCAGCUACUACUUCGAUGGCUCCCUCUACAACAAAGGGUUUAAAGGUGAGCGGGACCACUGGCGCAGCGGACGGACCAUUUGCAUCAAGACGCACGAAAGCGGCCAGAAAGAGAUCGAGGCUUUCGACGCCGCCAUCCUGCUCAUCCGCAACCCCUACAAGGCCCUCAUGGCUGAGUUCAACCGCAAGUACGGCGGCCACAUAGGCUUUGCUGCGCAUGCCCACUGGAAGGGCAAAGAGUGGCCAGAGUUCGUGAGGAACUAUGCCCCAUGGUGGGCCACUCACACACUGGACUGGCUCAAGUUCGGCAAGAAAGUGCUGGUGGUUCACUUUGAGGACCUGAAGCAGGACCUCUUCAUCCAGCUGGGCCGGAUGGUCAACCUGCUGGGCGUGGCUGUCAGGGAGGACCGGUUGCUCUGUGUGGAGAGCCAGAAGGAUGGUAACUUCAAGCGCUCGGGGCUCCGGAAGCUCGAGUAUGACCCGUAUACUGCAGACAUGCAGAAGACCAUCUCUGCCUACAUCAAGAUGGUGGACGCGGCCCUCAAAGGGCGGAACCUCACGGGGGUCCCCGAUGACUACUACCCAAGAUGAUGCGUCCACACAGGGGGAGGGUAGACUGGGAGUCCUGACCAUGUAGGCCCUGAGGACUCAAGACCCCUGGUGACCCCCACUCAUCUGUCCUCUCUUUGGUCUGGGGACAAUCUCCUUGGCUGCUCUUUGCCUUCAAUGAGUUUCCUGCAUGACAGAGGAGGCUCAAGGGAAGAGAUUGUCCAGGCACUACCACUCUGCUCACAUAUUCCCCCCUUGGCAAUGUGGAGCAUCUUGUUUUGGGGGUUCUAGUUACAUGGACUCUUUUCUGUCUCUUGUGUCCCUGCCCCCACCACUCUGAGUUCUGCUUGUGGGAGGGAGGGCUCAUCCAUAUCACGGAGACUUGCUGGAUGCCCUGUGGCAAUUGUCGAGGCUCUUGAUGCAAGAGCCCAGGGGGCUAUUGUAAAAAUGUGGCCCCAGAUGCUUGUCCCUUCUGGGCUGAGCUUGCACAGCCCCCUUCUCAUCUCCACCCAAGAAGCGCUGGCACUGAUGUUUAACUCAGGCCACCUUCUGUUCUAAAGAAAGAUUGCUGGGAAGUUUCUCCGUGGCCUUAGGUUUCUGACAUCCUGGGUAGGGUGGGGAGGCAUUGGUGCUCACGGUAGGUUAACUGGAGACACCAUGUGGGGCCAUUGGUGUCAUGACACCCCCCGCCCAGGCCACACUGCUUCUCAGAAACAAGCUGCUUGCCUUUCCACCUCCAGGGCAUGAACCCUGCCCCUUUCUAUCCAUGCUGUGUCCAGGAGGUGACCUUGAAAUCCUGAUACCACCUUCAAGGAACCUCAGGCACCAACAAUGAGCCCACAAGGAUGGCCACAUGCCACGUGCAGAAUUUGAGUUAAGAGAGAGCCCCAGUGACGCAUCUCUCCACGGUGGGCUCCAGUCGGUCUUACACUGCCCUUCUGACCCCUACAAAUGGGUACUUUGCUAUCCAGGUGAGACAGCAAGAGUGCUCUUAAUCAGAUGGAACCACACCCAAAAUGGACUCCCCACUACCUUCCCAGACCAUCUGUCUCCCCUUGAUCACAGUCCAACAGGGCCAGCUUCCCUUGAGGACCCUUUAAGGAAUGGGGUGAAUGAAAUUGUGUCAUUUCUAUACAAACACUGCUCUCUUGAUGCUGAGAUGCCAAACCAAAGGAUUUCUGAGGACCUGAAUCACAGAGCAUCAAUCUUACAAAGUGUUGGUCCAGAGUCAUCUCUUCCCCAACCCCGGACACUAGUGGCUUCCCACCUGGUCCAAACCUGCACCAUCCAUCAUUGUGUAGAUGAAAAAGCCAUAGGUCGCAGCCUCUUUGCUAUUCUGUUGGAGCAGCCUCCCUAAGCGGUCCCUCUGAAGCCUUGGGGUGCAGGUAAAUGCUCAUUCCCAAGUAGCAAAGAGACCACGGAGAAGAUGCGUGUAAAGAGAUAUAUUUUUGUAAGAGGAAUAUGAUUAAUACAUUCCGCCCAUUGGAACCUGGCCAUGCAAAGGAAGGACACAGGGAUUAGACCUGUGGCACCUUUCCCUGAUUCCCUCAUCUGUAGGACUUGGGCUGCCCCAGGCCCACCCACGGGGCUCUGAAUGUAUUUUGUACCGUGUUUCUUUCCCCCAGGCGAAUUUCUAGUCUUCUUUCAUGAAGCAGUGGAGGGGUUGGCCUCCCUUCCACUGGGAGGUUGACUCUCUCUGCAAGACUCUUGGUCCAAGACCUGGGUCAGUUCUUUGCUGGUGGUCCCCUCUGACCACAAGCUUCUGUCUGAAGAUUCCUCAGGUCAACACCAUCAUUAAAUGCGAGUUUUGUUGAUGAUUCUACCAUGUGGUAGAGUGUUGUGUAAGACAGGUUCACAAAUGGGAUGUUUUCCUGGGGUGUGUGUGUGUGCGUGUGUGUAUGUGAGAGAGAGAGAGAGAUAGAGACAGUGAGAGACAGAGAGGCAUAGAGAGACAGAGAGAGAGAGAGAAGAAACAGAGAUAGAGACAGAAAAUGUUCAGGGUGGCAGGUGGGUUGGUGUAUAACUACUUUUGUGCCUGUGUGACUGGCAUAGCUGCUCAGGAAGAAUUACAUGCCUCUGUGUAUAAAAUUGCCUUUGUGUUCUCCUGCCUCUCUGUGUUUUGAAACUGUAUCCCACAAGUUGCCGUUAUGACCAUCCAUUUAUAAUAGGUCUGUGCAGGUCCUUGUAUAUGGAAUUGCACCCGUGUAAAGGAGAAAAUGGUCAGUGUGCAUGAAA